CUGGCUUGCGGGGGGCGAGCGGGGGGCUCUCUCGCGCGCGAGCAGCACUCGGCGGCAGCAGGCAGAAGGGGAGAAGCGCCGGCCCGCCGGGUCGCGCCCCUCCUGGAAUGGCCGGGAGCCGCGCAGCCAGAGGAGCCGGCGGCGGCCGCCUCUUCCCCGACCCGCUCGCGGGCUGCCUGCAGACCUCCGGCUGACCGCCGCAGGCUGGGGACGGGAUGCUGGGCUGGCCGGGGCUUGGGCGGCUCUUCGGUCCGCUCUUCUGCCCGUCCAGCCUGCCCUGCCCUGCCCUGCUUCUCCGGCCACCCCCGGAAAGGAGUCCAUGCUCCGAAACCGCCCGGAGCCCUCGGAGGCGGCGGCAGCAGCGGCAGGCGGGCCGCCUAACAUGCCCUUUCGCCAGCCUCGCUUCCUUGGGAGGAGGAGGAGGAGGCGCUGGCCUUCCCUAAAGGCCACCGGUGACCAGCAGGCACUCUGAGGCCGGCUCCAGGUCGGAUGCUUCCGGAGUAGAGAUGGCGGCUCUGUACGGCAGCGAGGUGAAAUGCGUCAGCGUGGAGUGGGACUUCUUGCAAGGCUUGCUGGUGAAGAAUCAGCCCGUGCCCUGCCUGCAGGCCCUGCGGAAGGAGAAAUCCCGGAACGCAGCCCGCUCCCGCAGGGGCAAGGAGAACUUUGAGUUCUACGAGUUGGCCAAGAUGCUGCCGCUGCCUGGAGCCAUCACCAGCCAGCUGGACAAGGCCUCCAUUGUCCGCCUCACCAUCAGUUACCUCAAGAUGCGCGACUUCACCAGCCACGGAGACCCGCCCUGGAGCCCGCAAGCCGAAGGGCCUCCCCCAGCCGGCAAAGCUCCCGGCAGGAGGAACGUGAGUCUGCUGCUGACUGAACUCUUCGAGCAACACUUAGGGGGUCACAUCCUGCAGUCCCUGGACGGGUUCGUGUUUGCACUGAACCAGGAGGGAAAAUUCCUUUACAUCUCGGAGACGGUGUCUAUUUACCUCGGGCUCUCGCAGGUGGAGCUGACCGGCAGCAGCAUCUUUGACUACGUCCACCCUGGGGACCACCCGGAAGUCGCCGAGCAGCUGGGCCUGAAGCCGCCCUCGGAGGCCUCCUACCACGCCCUCCCGAAAGCGUCCAGCCUGGCCACUGCUGCCUCUUCUGCUGGGCUCUUGGAGGCCCCUGAGCCAGAUCCUGCCAGCAAACAGCCUGCCCAGGGCGAUACCUUGGAGCGCUCCUUCUUCAUCCGGCUGAAAUCCACCCUGACCAAGAGAGGGCUCCACGUGAAAACGUCCGGCUACAAGGUGAUUCACGUGACGGGCCGCCUCCGCCCCCGGCUGCCUUCCUUCUCCCACACCCACUCGGUGCUGGGCCGCGUGAUGGGCCUGGUCGCCCUGGCCCACACUCUGCCCCCCUCCACCCUCAGCGAGGUGCGCAUUGAGUGCCACAUGUUCGUCUUCCGGGUCAACAUGGACUUGCAGAUCGUGUACUGCGAGAGCAGGAUCAGCGAUUACAUGGACCUCUGCCCCUCGGAGCUCGUCGGCAAAAGCUGCUACCGCUUCAUUCACGGCGAGGACGUGGAGGGCAUCCGGCAAAGCCAUCUGGACUUGUUAAACAAGGGCCAGGUGGUGACCCGGUAUUACCGCUGGCUGCAGAAGAACGGGGGCUUUGUGUGGAUCCAGUCCUGUGCCACCAUCUCGGUCAACGUCAAGAACCCCAGUGAGAAGAACAUGGUUUGGGUGAAUUACAUCCUCAGCAAGCCCGAGUACAAGAACACAGCGCUGGACAUCUUCCAGCUGCCGGGAAUCCCCGCGCGGCCGGCAGAUGCUGCUGAUGCUGGACCAGAUUUCAAAGAGAGCAGCCUUGCUCCAGAGAGCAGCCAAGGGAAGCGUUACUCUCCCAAUGAGCCAGGGCCCCUGGUCGAGGCCUAUACUAGGGGCACGUCGGAGGCUGGAGUCGGUUGCCACAUAGCAGAGACCGAUUCCAGUGGACCCGAGACGAGCUACCGAGACGAGGAGGCAUCGGAGGAAGCUGACGGGAGCGAUGCGGAGGAGCCUCCAAGCAAGCGUAUCAAGCUGGAGUUCCAGCCGGACAGUCCCCCACGGGAGGCCAAGGAGGCCCCACUGGUUGGCUCUGAGGAGUCGGACAGCAGCAGCAGCGGCGAAACGGACCUGAGCCUUCUCCACCAGCAGAGGGCACCCCUGGCCAGGAAAGUGAAUGGCUGCAAGGCCGGUGGGCGGAGGAGCGCAGGACUUGGCCACCCCUGCACCUCAGAGUUCACCUCCGUCAUCCAGACCCAGAAGAGCUCCGCUCUGAAAGCCGACACUGCCCUUAGUAUUAAAUCAGAGCAGGUCCCCACUGCCAAGGGGGCCCCUUGGACCUGUCCCGCUGCCCACAAAAGCAGCCUGUACACUGUGAACAAAGCACUUAGCCAGGAGAAGCCCACGGCGAGGCAGGCCUCUUCUCAUCUGUACGUCUCCAUCCCCGACUCGGUGCUCACCCCGCCAGAGAUGGACGGUGCUGGGCUGAAAGGGCCCUUCGGCACCUCUCCCCGGGCCCUCCCAGCCGCCGUCAUUGCUGCCUCCUCGGCUGACCCCCUCUCGCCCCCGCUCUCCGGCUCCCCUUGUGAGGAGAGGGCCACGUCCACCCCCUUCACCCCACUGGUAUACCCCGCCGAGAUGGAGGUCCUCCAGCGCUUCCACGCGGGGAACAUGGUCUUGCCCCUCAUGCACCAGCUGGGCAGCCCCCACGCCAGCACGACAGGCUCCCAGGGCCUCUAUGCCACCAGCACGAUCCGGUACGCCCCCGCCGACAUGACACUAGCCAUGCAGAGCAACAUGCUGCCACCCUCCCACCCUCUCAACCUCAUGGACAUUAGUAGCACGGAGGCCAAGACGUCCCGGGAACUCAUGUAUCACCACCUGCAGCGGCUGAACAUGGUCGCACCGUUCGGGAGCUCUGCCAGCUUGGCCCAGCUUUCGGGGGGCGCAUUUGCCGCUGCGGAAUCCUUGUUUUCCACGCUGCCCUUCUCAGUGGCUGGCGGUGGGGCCCACAGCACAUCGGCUCUGGAACGCAAGGAGGACUGAGCCCAGAGAACUGGGUUUGACCUCAUCGGUGUCUCCAUUUACCCCCCUCAAACUAGGGCCAAACUCUGUACUGGUGGGUGGAGCUAGGGAUGAAAAGGUCUUUUGUGGCCUUUUCUUGGGCAGCUUGGUACUGUGCCAGUGUGCUCCGCACCAGGGAAGAAAUGCGCUUUUGUUCUGGAGCAAAUCCCCUGUAUAUGUGUGUGUGUGUGUGUGUCUUUUCACAGCACCCAUUUCUCAGCCCUGGUGCAAAUCGAUAGAGAAGCCACCUUCUUGCUCUGUGAUCUGCUCCUGCGCCUUGCUUUUCAGGUGUCCAGCCACCCAGCUGUUGCUGUUUAAACUGAUGCAAGUGUGGAGUGAGUCCAGGAGUUGUCCCAGCAUAAACAGAGUCGUGUUUGUGCAACCUUUCUGGGAAAGAUGGAAGCAAGAGGUAUCCUGCCCACUUUUGUCUGUCUUCCUGCUGCUGCAAGUUGAUGUAUUUCCACCACCUUUUUUGCUGGGGACUCCUGGACCAGGAGAAUCAGGUUGAGAGCCCGAGGGUUUGAGUUGUGACCCAAAGCAGAUGUAUCCUGCGUACGUCUGCAAAUGGAAACCAGGUUGCUCUCAUCCUCCACUCCUAUUCCAAGUAGCAACACCAGCCUGUCACACCUGCCAUGAACAAGUUUUGCUGCUGUUCGGUCUACGGUGCACUGUGCCCUUCUAAAGUGCUGGCUCAUGCUUUCUUGUGGCGAGUUUUGAUCACUUGAUAAAUGCAGCAUCCGGUGCUGUCCUGCAUCUGAAAGGAAGCCAUCGCUGAUCAAAGGGCACAGAGGGAAGUUUCACGUUCCUUCAGGAGGAAUGGGCAGCAGUGUCUAUGCACAUUCUUGAGUGGCAGCACUAGAUCUAGUAACCUCUCUCCUUAUUUAUGUUUUCCUCUUCUGAAAACAGUGGCUUAACAGCUUAUCCGCUUAUCCCUUGUGCUCAGCUAGGAGAGCCAAAAAGGCAGAGAGAAGUUAGAAGCUACCAAAAUGCCCUGCCUGCCGAGCAAGCUGGAGGCUGAAGUGCCUGUAUUUGCAGAGGGGUCUGGCACUAACUCAGAAAUCUGUGGUGCCGCUGAAUAUGCACCAGUUUCCUAGCAGAGAGGGUGAGGAAGAUGCAGCAUGGCUGAGCCAGGAGAAGAGAGAGUUCUGAAUGAAUUAGAAAGCACCUCGCUGUCAAUUCCUGUCAGCUGAGACCUCUUCUUUAGCAGGGUUUGUUUGUUUGUUUGUUUGAACCAUGAUAGAUUAAUGGAGCAUCCAUUUUCAGAAUAGCAGCUGCUGUAGAAACCGGGGAGUGGCCCCCACCGUUGUGCCACUUAUGAGCUCCUGGUAGCAACAAAGCUGUGGAAAUGGAAACGAGUGUGGUGGGCAAAAUGGUCCAGCAAGGCUGCUCUGCUUUCACUUCUCUUUAUGCAAAUUCCACUCUCCUGUUCAGACCCUCCACCCAGUAAUGGAAAGAUACCAGGUGGCAAAACUCUUCCUGGGCCCCCCACUCUAGUCUGAGCAACCAGUCAUGAGCCCCGGGGGGGGGGAGGGCGGGUGUGUGUGCCAACGGAGGCUCAGCUGCCUCUGCUUCCUGGCAGCUCGGGUUGCUCCUCUUCCCCACCCUGGUGUUAAUGAGAGCUGCACAGCCUGCAAGCUGGCCAGUCGCGCUACCUGGUGAAUGGCCAGGCUGCAGGCAGCAGAGCUCUCGGGUGGCGUGGCAGAGACUGCCUGCUUGAGCUGCUGCUGGGAAGCAGAGGCAGCUGCGCCUCCUUCGACACCACCCUGGCUCAUGAGGAAGAGCCGCUCCUGCCUAGAGAAGGGGGGAAACGGGCCACUGUGUGGGGGAUGACAGCACUUAAAGGUGGAAAAUGAUGCCAUAACUUUUAGCACUUAUUCAAAGUAAAGACUUGUACAGUUUGGUGGGGGGGGGGGGAGAGCCCGCAGCAAAACAGUAGCAGUUGGAUGAUAUGAUAUUUUUCUGUAUAAUCCAUCGCUAAAGAUCUGUGUGUGCGCGUGUGCGUUUUUCUUUUAUUAAUCUACUGUUCUCAUCGGAUAGAUGAAUGUAGUGUCCACUGUUCACAUGUUGUUGACUUGUUGCUGCUUCUUUUGGCAAUCUGGGAUUUCAGAUAAAAUAAAAAGUAAAUUGGACUCAU